AUACUUAGAUGACCUCUACACUGUCCACUGCUGCAAAGGUUUAGCGUUGGAGAUGUUGGAAACCCUGGCUGAGGAUUUAAACUUCCGGUAUGUUGUGUACUUUGUCAACGACACCAACUACGGAACUCUGGUCAACAACAACUGGACGGGCAUGGUGGGAGACGUGAUCAGCGGGGCCGCGGACAUCAUCGCUGGAGCCAUCAGCGUCACCUCGGAGAGGAUGAAAGUCAUGGAUUUUACUGAGCCUUUUUUGCAAAAUAAACUAUCCCUUGUGUCUGCCGAAGGAGGCAGUAACGUGUCCAUCUGGGCCUUCUUGAGUCCAUUCUCUGGUCAGGUAUGGCUUUGCAUUUUCCUAAGCUCCAUCGUCGCGGGCGUGGCCACGUCGUUCUUGGAGUGGCACAGUCCGUUUGGUCUCAACCCCAAAGGAAGGAAACGGACGAAGAAUUACGGGCUGGGAUCUGGUUUGCUGAUGGUCAUGGUGCUUCUAACCGGGCAUACCAUUAAUGUUAAGGCACCGAAGAGCUGGCCAGGGAAAGUGAUCCAGAACGUUUGGGCAGGCCUAGCAAUAUUUAUUAUGACUAGCUACACAGCCAACCUGGCCGCUCAUCUGGCUGGACAGUCGGCAGUGACGUCGGUGAAAAGUGUUUAUGAUUCUGAUCUGAUGGCCAAGCGAGUGGCUGUGAUUCCCUCCAGCGCCGUGGAGUCGUUUGUGGAGAAGACAAACCCAAAACUUUCCAAGCGAGCCAAGAUGAGCUACGUAGACUCUACGAUUACAGCCAUCAAUAUGUUGAG